UUUAAAUCUCAGGUUUUACCACGUUUCACGAUGAUUGAGUUGUGUGAACAGUUGAAAGGACUGUACCUGUCCAUGUCGUGGGUUGGGUUCAUGACAAACUUUGACGACAGUGACGAAGCAACAUCUUCCAUCGAUGAAACUUGCGAAGGAAAGGAUGGUGUGGCAUCGUUGUCAGGGGACGCAACUAGAGUGAGAGUUGUCGGACCUGUGGAUUCUUCGUCUCGGAAGUUUGGCCGCAUCUUGAGAUGCCUGUACUGUUGCUCUGUGUGCUGUUUCUUAUGGUUGCGGGUGGUGUCUUACAUUUCCUCUUUCUGGGUAGGUCUGGACUUCCAGUCGAGCCUAGACAUGAGCAGGAUCACCGUUACAAUAUGGCUGACACACUGUGCUUUGAACGUCACGGUCAUUCUGCACGCCUGUCUCAACAGAAACCAUUUCUACAGCUUCAAGAAAAUAUGGAAUUCGUUGGAGAAAGAUUACCAAUCAACGUACCAAAAAGGUAACUCAUCUAAAGCAAGAAUGAGCUAUGCCGAUUUAUCUGCUUCCAGAUGCUUCAAGAAAACCAAACAGAAGAAAAUUAUUGAGGACAAAGCUUCUGUCGGAGACAUGAACAGGUUAGAGAGAAUGAUUCAACGGAAUAACCCAGGCGGUGUUUCAGUGAUAAACUAUUCAAGAGGAGGGCAUGGAAUGGAACAGGAGAUGACUUCUGAUAGUCUGAAAAAAGAAAUCCUGGAAACUCCACCUGAUUCAACCUCUACAUCAAGCCUAAGCAUGGCUUUCUUUGACUCCGACAGCAAAACCGGGUCAGUUCGGUGCGUUUGGGAGGGAUCGAAGUGCAAUUGGACCGAGAAAUCACGUGACGAGGGCAAGGAGGGCAAAGAGAGCGAUCCGCGAGAAUCUCGAGAAUUUACGACAAAAUACGAGACUCGGCUGAAAAGGCUCGGCAGGACCUACACGAUCGCCGCUUGGGUGGUGAUACUCAUUAACUUCACUUCCACCUCCUUGUUCAUAGUCUUGGGGACGAUGAUCCCAGAAAUACAACCCGUUCAGACCAUCCUGACCAACCCCUUCGGGUCGUCGCUCACGGCACGCAUCGUCUUCAUUUUCGUCAUGUUUCUCAACACGUGUGCCUGGAUUCUCCCCCCGGCCUUCUACUGCGCCCUGUGCUCGAUCAUCCGCCUCCGCUUCAACAUUUUUUCCGACGUGGUCAGCAAAGGGUUCGUCACGUGUGGAUCCGAAUUCCCUGCACACUUGGAGCGCUGGCGUCACGAGCACCUGAGGUUGUGCCAGAGCGUGACGGUGCUGGAGAGGACGAUGCGGUUGAUGCUGAUGUCGGCCUACUCGACCUGCCUGCCUCUGUGCAUUUUCCUUCUGUACACGAUCGUGGCGGACAGGUCGACCGUCAUCGCGCUUCUCACUAAUUGCUUUUGGCUUGUCGUCAACCUCAGCACCAUCCUCAUCAUCUCUGCUCACGCGGCUGCUGUGCACGAAGCGGCACACUCUCCCCUAGACAGCUUGUUCUUUGUCAAAGCAGACAGAGCUGAUGCUUCCCAAUUAGCGCAGCUGCAGCUCUUCGUGUCCAAGCUGACCGGACCAUCCAUUGGCUUCACCCUGGGUAUCGUCACCGUCACCAAGGAGAUGAUUUUGACACAUCAUUAUGUUUCAUCAAUGCUGCUCUGUCUUGCAUUAUUGGUGUUAUAA